AUGGAGGGGGAAGUAAACAACUUCAUAAAGGUAUGUCUCUCAGUCUUCCUUUGUCUUUGUUAUUGCUAUGCAAUUGGAAAGAUAGUCCCCAGAGGUCGUAGGAGACUCCUUUGUGUGCUCCCAAUCGUCUGCUUCUUCCUCUUACUUCCUCUUAAUCUCCAUUCGGUCCAUCUGGGAGUGAUUACUGCAUUUUUCAUUGCCUGGCUUGCCAAUUUCAAGCUCUUACUCUUUGCUCUUGGUAAAGGCCCUUUGUCUUCUCACCCAUCAAUCUCUCUUGGACGCUUCAUGUCUGUUGCUUGCUUUCCCAUCAAGGUCCAACAAAACACACCAAAUUUGGAGAAACCCAGAAACACGAACACCCAAUUGUCGUAUCUAGAUGACAAAAACAAAGAAAACCCCACUUCCAAAAGAUCUCCUUUAAAAUAUGUAAUAAUGGCUGUUCUUCUGGGAAUUUUGAUACGUGUCUAUGACUACAGUGACCAUAUCCAUCCAACCAUCGUCUUGCUUCUUUAUUGCUCUCACAUAUACCUUUUCUUUGAAAUCAUCCUGGCCGUGGUGGGAGCCCUGGCUCGAGCCCUUCUAGGAGUUGACCUCGAGCCCCACUUCAACGAGCCAUACCUCUCCACCUCACUAGAAGACUUCUGGGGCAGGAGGUGGAACCUCAUGGUCACCGACAUCCUGCGACUCACCGUAUACGACGCCACCCACCAUGCCACAGCAUGUGUCAUUGGCCCCAAGUGGGCCCAUCUGCCCGCCACGUUCGCCAACUUCGUGGUGUUGGGGCUCGUGCAUGAGUUGAUCUUCUACUACUUGGGGCGCGCGAGGCCCACGUGGGAGGUCACUUGUUUCUUCCUCCUCCAUGGUUUGUGCUUAACAGUCGAGGUUGUUUUGAAGAAGGCGUUUUUCACAGGCGGGUGGCGGUUACCGCCGUUGAUCUCGGGCCCCUUAACGGUUGGCUUCUUCAUGGUUACUUACAUUUGGCUGUUCCUUCCCCAGUUCCUCCGGUGUAGGGCUGACGAGAGGGCCAUUGAAGAAUACGCUGCGUUCGGCGAGUUCGUGAAGAGUACUAUCACUCGCGCAUUAAUAUUCGUGUUUUAAUAAUAAACCUUCUCAUAUUGAGGAUCCGUUUGGAUAGGACCAUCCAGUAAUAUUAUGUGUUAGGAAGUGGGCCGGAAGGCCCAUAUAGCCUGCACUCAAAGGCCUAUUAUUAGUCCAUUAAUCCGGUUUCAUCUUAUUGUGUAGCAGGGGAUCAGCUUUCCAACCAUUUAUAUCUUUGCACCACCACUUCACCCAUGGCCCAUGGCUUUGUCUGUCUUUGCUUUGGGAGCCAGGGAGGAUUUGAAGCGAACUUGUUCUGAGCUUUGCUUUUU